GUAAGUCCAACAUGGCAGACGGAGUGGAUCUUACGCGGUAACUAAAGCAACAUUUCAUCUUGAAACACAAAUUUCAACACUACUCCGCGGCAGACAGCAAAAAUGAGGGAGCGACAGAAGAAAAAGAAGGGGAGGACGUGGGCAGAGGCGGCUAAAACGGUUUUGGAAAAGUACCCUAACACACCCAUGAGCCAUAAAGAGAUCUUGCAGGUGAUCCAAAGAGAGAGGCUGAAAGAAAUAAGAAGUGGAACAUCGCCGCUGGCAUGUCUGAACGCAAUGCUACACACAAACUCUCGUGGUGAAGAGGGGAUCUUCUACAAAGUCCCCGGCAGAAUGGGAGUCUACACAUUGAAGAAAGACAUCUCCGAUGUGGCCAAGGAGCUUUCCGAGGAGGACUCUGAGGAGAGCAGUGACAAUCUCUCUGAUUCCCGAAGCACAGAAAACAACAGCAAUGCCAUUGCUCAGGAGGGCAGGAGAGGAAGGUGGAUGCGGAGAGUUCCCUCCAAGCUGCAGUCACAGCCCUCUUCUCCACAGCCGCGAUGCUCAUCGCCCUCUGUCCCCACCAGUAAGCUCAUCUCUCCCUCUCAGAAACACAGCAAGAAAGCUUUGAAACAGGCCUUGAAGCAGCAGCAGCAGAGAAACCAGCGCAGACAAGGGGGAAUGCCAACCACCUCCAGUCCCAGACUGCUUCUGAAGACCAUCAAAGAUAUGGCUGACAACAUUACUACAAAGACCACAUCGGUUUGGGAACUGAAACAGUCAGACCACUCUCCUGCAAGCCCUCAGAACUCUUCCUCCAGUUCCUCUUCCUCUGUCAAAACAGACAUGUGUCGCCCUGUUGGCGCUAGGAAGGUUUCCCAGAGGUCAGGCCGUCUCAGUGCACGGCAACUGAAACGUACCAAGUGUAAAAUAGAUGUGGAGACGCCAGACUCCAUUUUGGUAAACACCAACCUGCGGGCAAUCAUCAACAAGCACACCUUCUCUGUCUUGCCCCCAGACUGCCAACAGCGGCUGCUCAAACUUCUGCCUGAAGUUGACCAGCAGGCUUGCAUGGAUGGCCUUCUGAAGGUCACCAGUUCUGCCUUGAACAACGAGUUCUUCACGUCAGCAGCACAGUCGUGGAAGGAGAGACUGGCAGAGGGUGAAUUCACUCCUGAGUUGCAGUUACGAAUGCGACAAGAAAUUGAAAAGGAAAAGAAGGUGGAGCACUGGAAAGAGGCCUUCUUUGAAAACUACUAUGGAGAAAAUUCUGGGCUCAGUUAUGAGGAAUCCAAAGAGCUGACAGAGGCUGAUCUGAAUCAGGAGCCUGCCAGGCCCCAGUCCCCCCUUCACCAGACAGGACCUGCUGCUCAAGCAUCGGAGGAUCCCAAGGGCACCAAGGACAGCAGCCAGACUGCUGCUGCUACUGCUGCCAGAGACAUGAAGCCAACACUGUCGCCAUCACCGGAGCCUCCGAAGGCACAGCCUGCUCAAAAGGAGUCAGUCCCCUCCACGGAGCCCAUGAAGACACGGCGCUCGCAGUAUGUUGAGGAUCGCAAGCUGAACAGAACUACACAGUCUGGGCCAACGCCUACAGUGACAGCACCUGUGGUCGAGAAACAGAUAGAAGAAGGCACAGCAGUUACUCUGCCUGAAAAUGAACAUAAACAGGAAGUGAAAGAGGAGAAAAUUGAGCUCCCCCACUCCUCUGUCAAGAAGAGCCCUCUACCAAAGGCCAGUGCUGAGUUUAAAGAAGAUCAGCCGCUAUUUGUGGAUAAGCCCUGUGAGGAGAAAGAGGAGGUGGUAUCAGUCAUCUCUGAGCCUGCUGGCACCACAGAGCCACUGAAAAGGAAGUCUCUCAGUGAGCUAGAGGUUGAACUGACACCAGAGAAAAGGCCCCGGAUGUCCUCAGUUUCUUCAGUAUCUUCAGUCUCCUCUGUAUCACCUCCAGCAUCAUCCAUGUCAAGCCCUUCUACACCGACUGCAGCAAGUAAUCAGAGAGUUCCACCACUCAAGAUUCCAGUUUCACGAAUUCUUCCUGUUUCUGUGUCACCAAGUCAAGUCUCACCUAGGACACCCCUCCCUGCCCCUCUCAGCAGUCCAGGCCGAACUGGUGCUCGCACACUGGCUGAUAUCAAAGCUAAAGCUCAGCUUGCUAGAGCACAGCGAGCAGCAGCAGCUGCAGCUGCAGUAACAUCUGCAUCUAAGGGAGCAGUGCCAGGCCCAGGGCCGGGGGGAGGCAGUGGUGAGCAGACACAACCAUCCCCAAGUCCCAGCCCAACAAACUCUCAGCCAUCCACUAGAUUACCAGCCAGUACCAGCAACAGUGAAACCAGCACACCUCUCUCCUGCCCAUCAGACUCCUUUGGUCAGCCAAACCUAAAUCUGUCUCAGACCUCUAAUUUUAGCAAAGCUGAUGACAAACAGAAAGGUCAUUCUGCUGGUGCUAUCAGUGCCAGUUCCCACAGCAUUAAAAAAACUUCAGACUCAUCAGCAGCCCAUCCUGCCUCCUCAACAGUCCACAGUACAGUGGGACAGGAAAUCCCCUCCUCUGUUGGAUCAACAACGAGGGCCAGUUCCUGUAUCCCUGCAAACAACCCACUCGUCACUCAGCUUCUGCAGGGCAAAGAAGUUCCUUUGGAACAGAUCCUCCCAAAGCCACUGGCCAAGGUGGAAGUGAAGAUGACUGGCCUACCUUCUGGCAAUAAGGGGAAGACAUUACACUCUGCCACUGGUGCUGAUGAGCACAGAUCUGAUAAGCAGAUCUCCACCCAGUUCACCACAGUUGGGCGAGCAGGGGUUUUCUCAGAAUACACAAGACAUCACAGGGAACUGCCUGAUAAGGAGACUCAGGAGCAGAUCCUGCAGGCUCUGAUGCAGAGGAAAGCCCAACAGAGCCAACCUUACGGAACUAUUGGGUCUCAGCCUCCCCAGUACACAACCCAUCAGCUGGGGCAGGCAGAGGAACGUCAGGACCGACCCCGGUUUUCUGUUGGUUUCCUGGGCCGUAAGAGGAUGCCUAGGCCUGCCAUGACAGGACAUUACCUGCUCAAUGUGUCAACAUAUGGCCGAGGGUCAGAGAGCAGUAAGAGGUUACACCAGUCUGCCAUCCCAAACACAUUUGUGUCCAACUUAAAGAGGGAAAACACUGACGGAGAGGACGGGACUAAAGAAGAGGAACCAGCCACGAACCUUCUUUCUGUCCCUCCUGGGGUUAAAAUAGAGCAACAGGGAUACUCCAUAACAAAGCCUGAUGAAGCGAUGAGCUUUCAGCAUUGCUCCAAGAUAAAGACUGAGCCACUUUCUGUAGGCUGUGAAUCAGAAGAUAACAACAGCACCACUGCAAGAGCCAAAGACACCAGCCCCUUUUCUCAGUCACACCAGAGGCACCUCGAACUCUGCAAUAGUAAUCAAGGAAAUUCCGAGCCAUAUCUUACGUCUCCCCACGUGGGAAUGGACCCCAGUCACCAGCGGCCUCCUGCCUUUCAAACCCAGAGAACACUCGAUAAUCAGGAACCCGUGGUAGGGUCAUGCUACGGUGGCACUAUCAGCAUGUCUGUACCUCACACUUUGAACCACAGUGCUGCAGGCACAGGCUCCUCCACGUCCUUGUCAGAGGCUGACAGCAGCGGUGUUCACGGUAGCGUCAUGUCUUUCUCAGUGACCGUCACCACCAUACCUGCUGGACAUUCAUUAGAUCACAGUAACCAGGGUGAGCCAUCGCCAGAGCAGUCCUUCAUCGAGGGCUCCGGCAUGGAGGAUGUCCAAUCUAAAUGCUACUGCCGUCUGAAGGCAAUGAUCAUGUGCAAGGGGUGUGGAGCCUUUUGCCAUGAUGACUGCAUCGGCCCCUCAAAACUUUGUGUCUCAUGUUUAGUGGUACGAUGAUUUGACCGUAAUAAUAAUAAUUAACAGAUGUGGUUUGAUUUUAUAUAUUGCAUCAAGGCACAAAGCAGAGCCAGGUCAUUCAGAAUCAAUACAAAAUCAGUUACUGGGGUGAAGCACAUUAGCCAUGCUCCAGCCAAAGCAGCCUGCAUGCAGUUGUAAUUGGCGAGGAAAGAAUUUACACUGGAUGAUCUAACGUUUUACCAACAUCUAAGAAAAGCUGUUUUGUGCAAUUUUGGUAGUAACGUCAAUCAGUUUGAUUCAAAUCAUUAGUCUUUCAGACUUGUGACAAAUGUAAAAUCUGGCAAUGUUUUGCACUCAGCUAGGGGUAGUGUGAUAUAUUUUUUUAAAGAUAUAUGUGUAGUUUUUAAAACAGGAGGGAAAAAAAUGAAUGUUGCUAUUUUUGUAGAACAUAAUGACUGUGUUGUUGUGUUUUAGACUGACACUUUCUAUUGCGGGGCCUAAGCUGUUAUGGUUUAAAGGCAAAAAAGGGCGCAGAUGAUAAUCAUUGGUUGUAGAGUACCUCCUGUUUGGCAUUUAUGCAAGCGUGGCAGGGAAGUGCAACUUACCGUAACUAUUUUAUAUAAAACUGUACAUUUAAUAUCAAUCACACUCAGAUUUCAGAGCUAGAGAGAAAAUGUAUACUUUUAGAAAGAGAAUAUAAAAAUACAUUUUGAUGAUACUUUAUAAAAAAAAAAGAGGAUUGCACAUCACCUUGUUUUUACUAACAGUUACAGGGCGAAGCACUUGAAAAAACACCUGGAUAUAUGGUAGUAACAAUGUACAGCACUUAUGUUCCAACAGAGGGAAAGUAAGAAUCAUUUAUAUAUAACCUAUAUGUUCCCUUUGAGGAGAGCAAAGGCAAGAUUUUUUUCCAUUUCAGGCCAAGGUCAUGCUCUGCGUCAGUCAGUUCCUACUGUGUGAGCCUACAUUUCCUUCUCAAAAAGCCUAGACUUGUAGAUACUGCCUCCCUUGAUGGGUAAUUUCUCAUCCUUUGUAUGUCUGUAUAGGUAAAUGUCAAAAAAAAAACAAAAAAAAAAAAACACUCAAGCUAAGAGGAGAAAAUGAAGAUAAUCGUUGCUGUUUUUUUCCUCACUGUAAAUAUUUGCUCAUUCGUAUGCCUAGCUGUAGAAAUUUUAUUUUACUCAUGUAGCACACCUUGCUUGAGCAUAUCCAGUUGUUAAUUAUAAAACGAUUUUUACUGUGGAAAGAAGAUAGAAGAAGAGUACGUUAUGAUAAAACGCUAAAUGCUUUAUCAUAGAGUGGUUCAUCGUAGCAUGCUUCAGUUAUAAUAAAUGAUUUAGAGGUACAAUGUGACAUGCCCAUGAACAGGCAGGCGUGACACUUUACAGCGGCCUUAUUCCAGAAUAUUAGCCUCUCUUAAUUUCUGAUGAAGAAUUGUAAGCACAUAAUACUGCAGCAUUAACUAAUGAAAAUUUGCAAUACAUGUAUAAUCUGCUUACUGUACAAGGGUGAACCAGCAUAAUAUAAGUAGAAACAAAUCUGUUUGUAUACUUUGCAAACAUAUUGUGUCAUGACAGCCCUCCAAGCACAUUAUGCACUCUGUAGAUUUUCAUGAGGUGUUAAAGCAGUGUUAAUGUGUGCUCAACUCUGCCACCUGUUAAAACGCAAUACACUGGAAAAAGGCCGCUACAAAGCGUUACAUCAGAUGUUUAGUGGGUGUGCAUGCUGACUGCAAAUGAAAACGUAUCAAUAAUAUUUUGAAAUCUCCUACAGGUGCAAGUAGGCCUGUUUUAUAGCAAUUAUUUCCGUGGUAAUAUGCCAAAGUCACCUUAAGAAAACAAAAAUAAUCAGAUCUUGUUUUGAUGUCUGACUAGUUAAUCAAAGUAAUAUAUUUUAAUUAAUAUAUUUUAAUAUAAAAAUCUAUUUGCUAAUUGUUUUUGAAAUCAACAGGGUAUUUACUAUAAUAAUAUAUUGGCUGUCCAUAUGAUUUUGUUUAGACUGGACAGACCAUGCAUAGAGUAACUACUUUUGUAAUUCGAAUUGCCCAGGUAUCUGAUUCUGUACGGCCCAGGUUUUUCAAUGGAUCUGUCAGUCUAUUUUUCCAUAGAGCUGAUAUCUAAUAUUUGUAUCCCUUAAUCUUUCUGCUCUUUUGAUAAAUUUGGGGCAUUUGUGUCAUUACUUUCUGAAAAAAAAAAUAUAUGUUUUUAAGGCAGCAUUUGUAGGUCAGUGGAUUAAUCAGGUCCUUUUUUUUAUUUCUUUUUAAGGGGAAAUUAAAAUGCAUUUAGGCAUUUAAUAGUAGAAUCUCAAGGGUUUCCCAAAUAUUACACAUUUCACUGAAACUAAAUGCAGGUAUACCCGUGUAGUUGUGAAGACACAAUUUAAGUUAUCCCCAAUUAAAUUAUUAGGUCUCACUUGAUUGAUGUCUUUGUGAUUAUAUAAUGCUAUAUUUACUGAUAUAGAAACUGUGCUGGGGACUGGAUUUUAGUGCAAAAUAUAUAAAUAUGUAUCUCAUCACAACCCCCAAAAGGCAGCUGACAUCUAUGUUUGUGAGGGUUGAAACUGAUUCAAGCAGCACUCCCCAUCACCUUUCCUGUCUAAUCAUCGACUUAAAAUAUCUGUCGUUCGUGCGUGUGUGUGUGUGUGAGAGAGAGCGAGGGCGUGUGCGCGUGCAUGUAGAGGAGUAGUCCAUUGAAUUGACUGGGAAAAGUGUCAUGGGCAAUCAGAAAUGUUUUCAAAAUUUCACGUUUGUCACAAAGGUGAGUUUCUUUGUCCGUGUCAUUUGUCUCCAUUUAAACUCCAGGUGAAUGUAAUAUAGUAAUCAGCACUUGUAAACAAAGUGUAUUUUAUCAAAAGAUAUAGGCUAUAAUGAAUAAAUAACAGAAGAAUGCA